AUAAUCGCAUAUAUAUAUAUAUAUAUAUCUUAGUUCUUACUCUUAAUUCUAAUAUCUAACAGCCAACCCCAAAUAGCUUAUGGGAAUAAUAAUCCACUAAAGUAGUUACAAAAAGUUGAUUAUAAAAACUCCAAGGCAUCGCCCCACAAGAGAUCCCUAUAAAAGCCCUUCAAUCACCUCUUCUAAAACCCCCCAACUAACUCACAAUUCCCUCUCUGUCUCUCACUAACUUUGCACAUACAAAUUCAUCUUCUUAUUAUUCUUUUCUUAUUAUUUUUCACAACACAACACAAUGUGUAAGCUCUCGUCUCCUCUCCUCAGCAAAUGCGAUUCGUCAUCGCCAAACGACGAUCACCUCCUCUCAACAAACAAACAAGACGACAACAAAAACGAAGAGCUAGUUAUAACAAUCCCAACAACACAAGAAUCCCAAAAACCCAACUUCUUGAAAGAGGCCAACGCCAUAUCCCAAAUAGCUCUCCCCAUGAUACUAACCGGUCUUUUACUCUACUCCCGCUCCAUGAUCUCCAUGCUGUUCCUCGGCCGCCUCGGCGAGCUCGCCUUAGCGGGCGGCUCCCUGGCGGUCGGCUUCGCCAACAUCACCGGCUACUCCAUCCUCUCGGGGCUCGCUAUGGGAAUGGAGCCCAUCUGCGGCCAAGCAUUCGGCGCCAAAAAGAACACCCUCCUCGGCCUCUCCUUACAAAGAACAGUCCUCCUCCUAACCUUAGCUUCAAUCCCAAUCUCUCUCCUCUGGCUCAACAUGAAGAAGAUCCUCCUCCUCUGUGGCCAAGACGACGCCAUCGCCACCCAAGCCCAAUCCUAUCUCCUCUUCUCUCUCCCCGACCUCCUCGCCCAGUCCCUUCUCCACCCUCUCCGAAUCUACCUCCGAACACAAUCCAUUACUCUGCCCCUCACUUACUGCGCAACUCUCUCUAUCCUCCUCCACAUACCAAUCAAUUACCUCCUCGUCUCUCACCUCAAUUUCGGCAUCCGAGGCGUCGCCCUCAGUGGGGUCCUCACCAACUUCAACCUCGUAGCUUCCUUAAUCCUCUACAUCCUCAUCUCCGGCGUCCACAAGAACACAUGGCCGGGCAUUUCCACCGAUUGUUUUAAGCAGUGGAGAACUCUGUUGGGCUUGGCCAUUCCCAGCUGCAUUUCUGUUUGCCUGGAAUGGUGGUGGUACGAGAUUAUGAUUCUUCUCUGCGGUCUUCUCAUAAACCCCAGAGCCACCGUCGCUUCUAUGGGAAUCCUAAUCCAAACCACCGCUUUAAUCUACAUAUUCCCUUCUUCUCUAAGCUUCAGCGUCUCUACAAGAGUCGGCAACGAGCUUGGGGCUAAUAAACCCAAACGUGCGCGGUACGCAGCCCACGUGGGACUCCUUUGCAGCGCAAUUUUGGGACUUUUGGCGCUGGUUUUCUCGGUCAUGGUUAGAAACGUGUGGGCCAAAAUGUUUACACAAGAUAAGGAGAUCGUGUCGUUGACGUCGAUGGUUUUGCCGAUAAUCGGGCUUUGCGAGCUCGGGAACUGCCCGCAGACGACGGGCUGCGGGGUUUUGAGAGGCACGGCCAGGCCUAAAGUGGGGGCCAAUAUAAAUUUGGGGUGUUUCUACAUGGUGGGAAUGCCUGUGGCUUUGGUCUUGGCUUACUUUUUGGGGUUUGAUUUCAAGGGGCUUUGGCUCGGUCUGUUGGCGGCGCAGUGGUGUUGUGCUUUGACCAUGUUGGUGGUUUUGGGCCUCACUGAUUGGGACUCGGAGGCUAAGAGAGCUUUGGUCCUCACUGGAGCAUAUUCAGUUGUUCAUCAUCACGAUAAUCAUGAUCAUGAUGAUCAUGAUGACAGCGAAAACGAGAAGGCUGAAGUCAAGGGAGAUGAUUGUUGUUGUUUAUACAGUAAAUUUGGUGAUUUAGAUUGCGAUAACAAUUCACCCGUUUAAUCAAUUAAUUUAAUGGGUUUUUUUCUUUCUUCUUCUUCUUCUUCUUCUUCUUGAUUUAUUAUAAGGUGUAUAAAGAAAGUAGCUAGAGACAGAGUAAGGAAGAGGAGGUUUAUUUCUUCUUUUUAUCUCUUUUUCUUUUUUUUUUUCAAAAACAAAAAAAACAAAAAAACAAAAAAAAAAAACCUUGGUGGUUGGGAUUUGUUGUUCUCAGGGAGAGGCUCCACUUAUAUUUAAUAUACAUUCAGGUCUUUUUAGGUAGGUA